UCGGUGAAGCGACUGUGAGCUUAGAGGACGUGGAGGUCUUAUGGGGCCUCAAAACUGACGGUGAGCCUCUGACGGGUUACAUCCCCACUAAGGAUGUCAACUAUUGGAAGGAUGUUUGUUUGGAUUUUCUUGGCUUUAUUCCAGAUGCAGUUGAUCUAAAAGAAUUGAACUGGAAGCAGACAAGCUUAUCAAAUCAACUGCGGAUUGAGUUGAGUGAUGACCACGAGCAAUACAUGUACAAUCAACGUGCUCGUGUGUAUUGUCUGCUGUUACUGGGAGGUCUACUGAUCCCAAACGCUACCGGUAAUAAAAUUUCCUUCUUCUACCUUCAGUUUUUCAUGGAUAUAGAACAAUGUGCUAGCUAUAGCUGGGGAGGUGCAACUCUUGCCUGCUUGUACCACAAUCUAUGUGAAGCUGCACUUGGUAAGAGGACCGAUGUCGGGGGAGCUCUUACAUUGUUACAGCUGUGGGCUUGGGAAAGAAUCCCAAUUAUUAGACCGCAGAUGCUGAACCCCGCGCCCGUAGACUACUUACCAUGUGCAGUCGCAUGGACUGGUCGGGCCUCUUAUGUAAAAGCACCGGGGCAUUGCAUUGAAACUUUCAGAGAUCAGUUCUCAACAAUGCAUGCCAAUCAGUUUAUUUGGAGGCCGUAUGAAUCGCGAAAUCUGCCGGAUGUUUGUGUUGCCGGUCGUCCUAUAUGGACGUCGAUGACAACACUAAUCUGCUGGAAUAUGGUUGAGCCACACAUGCCACAGCGGGUGUUGCGACAAUUUGGGAUUGUCCAACCUUAUAUCCCGAUUGUCGACCGGUUCCACGGAUCUGAUUUUACGAAACAGGAUCGACGUGGCAAAGCAGGUCGGAACUGGGUUCAGUGGCACGCCAAUCAUAUACAAGAUUGGCAUAAUAGGCACGACACGGUGUAUGUUGAUUUGGAGUACUCAAUGGUGCCUGUUGCUACUGAUGAGUACAUGGAUUGGUUUCGCCGGAUAACCGUGGUGUACCUAACAAAACCUGGGGUGCAUUCUCAUGAGGGCUUCCAUGAAACGGCGGCCUCUCAUCACUACGCGGUGGAGACCCUUCACAAAAUACGCCACUUUCUUAGGGAGCAAGACAUGUCAGGACGGCCGGAUUUAUUCACCAUUUCGAGAAUGGUUGAAGAUGGCCUCCAGAUAUGUGGGGAAGCUGAGACGAUGGACCACCGUCCUUCACAGCGCUCUGAGCUGGACCUUGACAUGCCCGUGCGGCAAAAAGCGAAGCGGCGUGGAAAGAAGAAAGUUGGUGGAGAGUCGUCAUCAUCAAGGAUGGAUACUCAGUUGGUUGAUGAUUCUGAUGACGAUUUUGUGGCUCCACCUCCACCAAGAUCUGCCGUGCGGGGUCGUCACUCAGUCAGCCACACGGGUGGUACAGGAGAAGAUUUCGGUCUCAGCGAUCAACAAUCUCCACCUCGGUCUUCUGCGAGAGACGACAUUGAUUUAGAGAAUGCCGUCGUUGAAGAUACUCCUCCGUCUAGAAUCCCUAAGACCAGCAUCGGGAAGGGAAUCCGUAGUCUGUUUAUGCGUAAAAGGCGAGACGAGUGAACGUUGCCCGAACUUUUUAUAUUGGUGUUUUUACAUUGAUUUGAACGCUUUAUAUAAGUAAUUUGAUAUAUUGUAUUGAUAUUGGUGUUUUUUCAUUCAUUUGGCGUAUGUAUAUUAGUAAUUUGAUAAA